GCCUCUUCCCUCACAGCGCGCUCCGGCGGACUGCAGCGACCGCGCCGCGGCCAUGAGUGAGGCAGAAGUAAAUCCCAAAGCUUACCCGCUGGCUGAUGCACAGCUCACCAAAACACUUCUGGAUCUGGUACAGCAGUCCUGCAACUAUAAGCAGCUACGCAAAGGAGCCAAUGAAGCCACCAAAACACUGAACAGAGGGAUAGCAGAGUUCAUUGUGAUGGCAGCAGAUGCAGAGCCCUUGGAGAUCAUCCUGCACCUCCCUCUUCUCUGCGAGGACAAGAAUGUACCUUACGUGUUUGUGCGCUCCAAGCAAGCCCUGGGCCGGGCAUGCGGAGUUUCCCGGCCUGUCAUCGCCUGCUCCAUCACCAUCAAGGAGGGAUCACAGCUAAAGCCUCAGAUCCAGUCUGUACAGCAAGCUAUAGAAAGACUGCUGGUCUAAGUGCCCAUGAGCGUGUGUGUGAAGUAGAAAAGUGCAAAUUAGGGGAAAUUCAUGUUUAGCUUCAGUUGAGAUGAUAGUUUUGAUAUCAGUGUUUCAUUUCAAAAUGCUACAUUUUUAACAAUGGCUUAAUUAUUAGUGUUUCCACCUCCUAUCUCCCCGAUUUUCUAUUAUUCCACUCCAACAGAUUCAUUCUCAUUGUAUUACUUCUUGAAAAGUGACUGUACAACUGUUUCCUGUUUUAUGUUUAGAAGGACAGAAAAAAAAAAAAAGUCCCCCCCUUGUCUUCCUGUCUGCCUGCUCAGGGCUUUUUCAGCCUACCUGUCAGCUUUCCCUGUGUUGCAGUAUUUCUGCUAAGCUUCAGCCUCCAGCAGUGUGAGUAACUCUGCAUUUCUGAACAGUUUAGGCUACUGAGGAAAAGGUUCCCUGUGUUCGGGCUGCUGGAGUCAUUAAGUAAUGGAGCAGCACAGGCAGGUAUAAGGCAGGCAGCACCUACCGUGUAGCAGCAUAUGGAGCCAAGAUCAGUGCACAUAGCACAGCCCUUGUUCUUGGAACUACACAAGAGACUUCUGUAAGAGAUGCAUGGGGCAGCAGAAAUCUUAUGGCAUUAUACAAGGGGAAAUCUCUGAACUUGAUUAUUUUUAAAUCCUGACUUUUUAAGAAAAAAUAAAAAUGCUGCAAAGCUAAAUAGAACUGGUGAAGCAUUUGCAACUAACUGGAGUGUUUCUGCUUGUAAAGCUAAUCUGCUCACAGGAUGCCUAAAGGCUACUGCAGUGCAGUAAUUUGUACUCCCUACUCAGUUUUCUAUGCAUGGACUGUUACCACAGAGGUUGGGCUUCCUAGGCAAGUUAAAUACAAAACACAUGGCAGAGAGCAGCCUGUUGUGGCUGUCAAGUACCCUACAACUGGCUGUUAAUUAUAAAAAGUGCCAUGCUUUUUAGCUACUACUCUAGUCACCUGACUGGAGAUGAACCCUUUUAAGUCAUGGUCAAGGAAACAGAGAACAAGUAAUAUUUCAGAUAAAAUAAUAUGUGUCUCAAGAAGAGAAUGCUGUAUUAUCUCAUGUCCUGGAAAAGCAGCAUAGAGCACCAACAGCAGUCUGGAUGAGUGGUGGUUUUAUGGACCUAGUUUUUAGUUAAAUGCAUAUUGUAUUAUAAAUCCACUUCUGCUCUGAUCAGGAAAGUUUAAAUGCCUGUGUUGGAAUAUCAGACCUGUUUUCUAUUGCAGAAUGCCAAAGCAAAAUAAGUGUUGAAACUCCAUUAGGUGCAAUAGCAGAAGGGAAGAGAUUUUUCCUGUAAUGUUUCCCCAGAGGCACUAACUUUAUACUUUCAGUAAGUACAUCCCAAGCAUAUGAAGUCAGCUCAUGACUGAAGAUACCAUGUUUGUAUAUUUUUGUAAAUGGCUGGUACCAGUAAUCCUUGUUGAGGUGAACUUGAUACAAAUACUUCAGAAUCCUUUUAUUUGUAUGAGGUUUAGAAGGGCUCCUGUUCCCUUCUACUCAUGCUGACAGUUGAGCUAGUUGUGUUUAGAAGUACAGUUUUGCCAAGGAUUUGCCCUAUUGUACCAAGACAGCUGAUGUAAGAGAAAGCACAUAAGGAGCAGAAAUAAAGGAUACUUGAGCAAGCAGAACUGUCUGUCUUCUGCUCUGAAACACUCCAUCACCAUCCCUUUUAAACUUCACUUAACGUGAUAGCCUGCUAUUAAAAAGAACAACACAAAGAAAAAAAAAAAAAGCCAGGAGGAAGAUCUAAUAAGCUAGAACAAACAUGCCACAAUCAUCCAAAGCCUGGAACAUAGUAUGCCUGAGGGUUAGCAAUCCAAGAGAGAUGUUAACAAGGGUAUUUGCAGAAUUCAAUCCACAAAAUUACAGACAGGCUAGUCUCACUA